GUCAAAGAAAGCAACGAAGAAGAAGCGCGAUACCUGACAGAAAAUGGCCGGCAGUGAGUGUGGAUACAAUUUCCUUCGUCCCGAAGCACUGUUUUAAGGUGCCCCACGUUUGAGCAUGCACUAUUGCAUUUAGCAGAGAAACACAAUGUUUAAAAAGGCAAAGCGAGCUAAUUUUCGACGGAGGAAUGACUCCGACGAGGAGGAACAGGAGGAGAGUGGUCAGCCGUCUCUGGCGCCGACAUCAUUUGGGCCUGUCGUGGAGGAAAUCCCGUUUAUGGAGACAUCCAGUAACAGCGUUACAGGAGCAUCUAGCACCACGGAUAACUCCCAUAGCAACGGCUUCCAGGCCAACAGUAUGAGAGCUGUCAAGAAAGACAAAAAAUGCAAAGAUGCAGCUGCUGUACCUGGACCCACGAAGGCCAGUCUGCUAAGUUUCGACGAUGAAGAAGAAGGAUCCGAGGUGUUCCGAGUGAAGAAAUCCAAUCACAGCAAGAAGAUUGUUAAACAACUGAAAAAAGAAUACAAGGAGGAUUUGGAAAAGUCUGGACAUGUCAAACAGGAAAUCAAAUCAGAAGCUCCACCUCAGACUGCAGUUGCCAUCAAAGAAGAAGUUAGUAGCAGAGCGGGAAGUGAACAGGGAGAGGAAGAGAUGGAGGUUGACAGUACUGAUGAGCUGGAGGAAGAGGCGAGGAGUCAAGGUGGUCAGACACAUAGUCAAGUAUUGAAAAGCAACAACACUGGAAUGACGUUCAACACGCUUUCUUCCCUGGGCAGCCUGAGACCAGGCGAGAUCCCUGAUGCUGCAUUCAUCCAUGCAGCCAGAAAGCGCCGGCAACUAGCGAGAGAGCUGGGAGGUGAAGCCCCUCUGGUAGAGACAGAGGUUCCCAAGAAACGUCUGGUAGGGGAAGACCAAGAUGCCAGCGACGACGAAGAUGAGGAAGAGAAGAGGAUCCGCUUCAGCGGAGUCAAGAACAAAAGCCAGAGACAAAAGAUAGCUGAAGAGAUAGGUAUUGAGUGUAGCGAUGACGAGGCUCUGGAUACAGGCCAGGAUGAGGAGGUGAGCCGUUGGGAACAGGAGCAGAUUAGGAAAGGAAUCAGCAUACCCCAGGUCCAAAGCAACCAGCCAGAGGACAACACAGUGUACUACCAGAACAGCUAUGAAAGCCAGCCCUAUGGCUCUUCCUACAAUGUGCCGUUCACCUACAGCACCGUGGCCCCACAAACUGGCAAGCCAACAGGCCAAGCAGACAAUGGCUCUGUACAUUAUGGGGCUCCUGUUAGUGACUUAACCUCUGUAUCCAUUGAUCUGGUAAAGAAACGUCUACAGGAUAGGCUCGGCCAAAUGCAUGCAAGCCACAACGCAAACGCCAAACGCUACAAACAGAUCGAAGAUGACCUAGCCGCCUCCGAGAGCACCAUACGACAGCUGGAGGGCUCGUCUAAUGACAAUGCAGAUCAAUAUAAAUUCUUGCAAGAGAUGCGAGGGUAUGUUGGAGACUUGCUUGAGUGUUUCAGUGAAAAGGUGCCUGCUGUCCUGGAGCUGGAGGCUGCCAUGCACCAGUUACUAAGGCAACGGGCUUCACGACUUGUCCAACGAAGACAGGAUGAUAUUAAAGAUGAAUCGUCGGAGUUUGCAAGCCUUUCAAAUAAAGCUGUCAUGGCUCCUAGUCUAGACUCAUUCGGUCGAGACCGUGCAGCAUACCAGGAGCACAGUCGUCAGAGGCGGAUAGCAGAAAGAGAAGCGCGACGAACUCGGCGGCGGCAAGCUAGAGAGCAGAACGGAAAGAGGGCUGAGCACAAAGAAGGCUUGUCAUCUGAUGAUGAGGAAACCUCAACUGACAUUACCAGCUUCAACAUGGAGAGAGAUCGCAUCAUCAGGGAAUGUAAGAAAGUGUUUGAGGAUGUGGUGGAGGACUUUCAUUCACUUGACUGCAUCAAAUCCCAUUUUGAAGUGUGGAGGAGAAACUACGCUGACUGCUACAGAGAUGCUUACAUAGGCCUCUGUCUGCCCAAACUCUUUAACCCUUUAGUCCGUCUGCAGCUGAUUACAUGGAACCCUCUCGAGGGACAGUGUGCAAAUUUCGAGUACAUGCUGUGGUUUGAGUCGCUGUUGUUUUACGGCUUUGAGGAGCACAGCACUUUGCAGAGAGGAGAUGGAGAUAUCAGCUUGCUGCCUGCAAUUGUGGAGAAGGUCAUCCUGUCCAAACUGACAGUGUUGGCAGAGCAAGUGUGGGACCCGCUGUCAAGCAGUCAGACAGCACAUCUGGUGGGCUUCAUUCACAGGCUAAUGAAAGGCUACCCCACUGUGCUGCAUGGGGACAACCGAUACACGCAGGAGCUUUUAAAAACUAUUGUCUUAAGGACCAGGCAGGCUCUGGAUGAAGACGUCUUCCUUCCACUCUACCCCAAAAAUGUGUUGGACAACAAGAACAGCAGUCCAUACUUGUUCUACCAGAGGCAGUUCUGGUCCUGUGUUAAGCUGCUGGGCAACAUCCUGCAGUGGGAAGGCAUCUUAUCCAUUUCCUGUCUGAAGGAUCUGGCAUUGGACAGCACUCUGAAUAGAUACAUCCUCUCUGCGCUGCAGACCACAGAUACAGGGGAGGACAAUGUUCAGAAGUGCCAGAAGGUAGUGGAGUGUUUGCCAGCGCAGUGGUUCUCAGGGCUGAAGGGCCAGCAGACGUUGCCUCAGUUGGAGCCGUUCUGUCGCUACCUCGCCCACCUGGCCAGCUCGUUGCAUCGCAGCAGUUUGGGCAUGUCUGAUGUGGAAAGGCGCAGUGCCAAGGACCUAGUCAGAGAGGUUGUGAAGAUGUUGGGCCACAUGAAUGCCCUGGACCACAUCAUCACCGUGGCAGCAGAACAAGGCAUUAAAGACAUCAAGCAACUUUUGGAAGCAAAGUCUUAAAGGAGAACAUGAGAGCAGCAACUUUACGUUCCCUUCUUGUUGUGUUCGGUACAUUUUACAGCCAUGGGAAUCACGGGGUUUGAUUCCUGGGGCAAAAAUAAAACUCAGCAGUGGUUACCUUUUACUGAAAGGAGGAGGUAAAAAAAAAAAAAAAAAAAAAGAAGUUGUAAAUAUUGUGAAUAAUGUACAGAAAGGUGUUUUCAUACACCUAUCAACCCAAGACAAAUGCAGAAAUGAGGCCUUGUAUUGUCAGCUCAAAACAGUCACUCAGUUAUACUACACUCUGGCAAUAUUUUAAAUGUGUAAGUUAUUAAGUUUAAAUAGUUGUUUACAUGCAUUUGGAAAACAUCUGAUCUCUAAAGUAACACUAUUCAACCUGGACAUCGGUUAAAAACUCCUUAAUCACCCUCAUUUCUCUCAAAUCCUCUUCCUUUUGGUAUGUGCCAAAAGAACUUUCAGAAGGUAGGAACUGCACACUGUCAAAGACUAACAACCAGCUUGUUUCCCAGUACUCCUCUGUCACCUGUGGACUGCCCUGAUGGAUCUACCAGAGCUGGGAGCUUUCUAUUCAGAUUUGUAAAAAAAGAAAAAAAGAAAAAAAAGAAAUGUGUUUUAGUAUUUUAUUUGCCUGGUAAUAAAAUAUGCAUUUAAAAGAUCACUG